AUGCCAACUAAACUUUUGGAUGAACUUGCUACUCAAACAGAAGAGUAUAUUUGCAAAACCCACUCUUUGCCAACUGUUAUCAAACGCCACAACUAUUACUUUUAUGAACUUCUAAAUGUAUACCAACAAGCAGCUACACAAAAUCACCUUAUUGACAAUAUCAACAAACAAAAAGCAAUAGAAAAUCUUACUAUUAAACCUAUUA